AUGGCGGGAGGCUCGGCUGCAGGAGCGCGCCAGCAGCUGGAUAAUGGGUCUCUGGAGAUAACACAGAGCAUGGAGGAUGACCCCCUACUUGAAACGCUACUUCCACCUCAUGCGUUACAUUCUUGUCUGCGUCCGAAGUUCUACACUAUACCUACAGUCUGCUUUGCCAAUAUUUUGUUGCUGUUACAUGUUGCCUUUGUUAUCCUGGCUUUUUUAGCAGGUAUGUUUUGUUCUUAUCCUGAUGCAAGUGCAGAUAUGUGUCCUAGAAGAUACAUGUAUCCGCUUAAAGUGCAAACUGCUAUAAUGACUGCCAAGGUAAUUCUCUGGCUUCUACACAUGUUCCUUGAACUGUAUGUUCACUACCACCACAGUAAGGCCAGAUGCAGAGGCUAUCUCUUAAUCUACCGAAACACAAGGCAUCUGAAGAGGCUUCCGCUGCUAAUUCAGUCUGCAGGUAAUGCAGCUUUACUUCUGCUACUGUCAGUGCAACAUUCCUUUCCUGAACACAGUAAAUUGUACCUCUGCUUCAUCUUGGCAGUCUUGAGUGUGGAGCUGAUUUGUUCAUUGAUAUGCCUGGUUAUUUAUACAGUGAAAGUGAGCAACUUUAACCGGGCAAAACCCAGACCCGACAUCAUAGAAGAAGAAAAUAUGUAUGCAUAUUCUAAUCGGAUUACCUCAGAAGUUGGAUUCAGGGAAACAUCAGUGUUGGAAGAAAUAGUUGAAAAACAAGGCGACGUGAUUGAAUAUCUUCAGCGGCACAAUGCCCUACUCAGCAAGAGACUGCUGGCGUUGACAUCCCAACAGGCCAGAAGUUAGUGGUGCCC